AGAAACCCUUGCUAGGACGUCUCGACAGAUAGGACAAGGGCAGUAGAAGAGAUUAGUGAUCACAUGAGCAGAGCAGAGCAGAGCGAUACUGUGGUUCCUCCCCUGCUCACUAAAUCCGUGUAGAGGAACACACAACACACAAUACAACACGUGGGUAGGAGAAGAGCGCGCUCAGUAAUACAACAGUCUGAUCGCUUGUCCAAUCCAAUAACAGAUCAACAAGUAUCCAACAUUCCCGUCUGAAUGACGUGUUGGGGGGAAAUGCUUGUUGCAGGUAUAUUUUUGGACACCCAAACAGACGCAGCUAUUUUGGCGCUGUGAGUUUCUCCAGGCGCACUUGUUUGGUUGCGCCAUGGCGCAGAGCAGUAGCGGGGUUUCCGACGGAGAAAGUGCUGAAAUGAAUGAAACGAGUUCUCUGAAGAGUUUGGAAGAGGUUGAUGAGAAUUUCGGGUUUGGAGAUGAUCUGGAGCUGAAUCAGUUUGAUGGCCUCCCUUACUCUUCUCGGUAUUACAAGCUCCUGAAGGAGAGACACCAGCUCCCUAUCUGGGAAUCGAGACAGAAGUUUAUGAGUGCUUUAGAAACCAAUCAGCUCGUCAUCAUCUCGGGUACAACAAAAACUGGCAAAAGUUCACAGGUUCCACAGUGGUGUGCAGAGUUCUGUCUGUCAGCGCAGUACCAGCAUGGUGUCGUGGUGUGUAGUCAGAUCCAGAGACAGCAGGCUGUCGAUUUGGCCCUGCAUGUAGCUGAUGAGAUGGAUGUCAAUAUCGGUCAUGAAGUGGGCUACAGCAUUCCGCUCGAGAACUGCUGCUCCACUGACACUAUUCUCAGGUACUGCACCGAUGACGUUCUGCUGAGGGAGCUCAUGUCCGACCCAUUACUGGAGCAUUACGGUGUGGUUGUGAUCGAUCAGGCCCAUGAGCGCACCGUGAGCACAGACCUCCUAAUGGCUCUGCUUCGAGAGGUGCUCCUGCAGCGUACAGAGCUUCGGGUGGUGCUGCUGUCCGUCAUGCCAGCCUCGCACACACUCCUCACACACUUCAGCGGUGCAGCUCACCUGCAUGUGGAAGCACCAUGCUCGCCUGAAGUUCUCCACAGCGGACGAGACAGUACAGAGAGCUUCUUUGCAGCUUUGAGACUCGUCCUGGAGGUGCACAGGACUAAAGAGCCCGGGGACAUUGCUGUGUUUCUCGCCUCAGAACAGGAGAUAGGCUGUGCCUGUAGUCUUCUGGCUAAAGAAGCAUCCAGGUUAAGCAGUAAUCUUGGAGAGCUGGUGCCAGUGGCAGUGUGCCCAGGCCACGCUGGGAUCUGUCCACCAAUCACGCAGCACCAAAAGAGAGGCAGGAGGGUAUUUCUGUCCUACAGUCAAUCAGAAGACAUGUUUUGGUCAGUGGACACGGUCAAUUUUGUGAUUGACACUGGAGUUGAGAAGAGAUGUGUGUAUAACCCACGGUUGAGAGCCAGCUCUGAGGUAAUCAGACCCAUCAGUAGAUGUCGGGCAGAGAUCCGUAAACAGCUGGCUGGAUCAGCAGGGAAGUGUUUCUGUCUGUACCCUGAGGAGACCGAGCUCUGUACUGAGAUUCCUGCUCGGAUCCUAGAAGCAAACAUCACCUCAGCUGUGCUCUUCCUCAAGAGGAUGGAGGUGGCUGGAAUUGGCCGCUGCGACUUCAUCAGCAGGCCAGAUCCUGAAGGCUUAAUGCAAGCUUUAGAAGAGUUGGAUUAUCUUGCAGCUUUGGAUGAUGACGGAAACCUUUCUGAGAUCGGGAUCAUAAUGUCCGAGUUCCCCUUAGACCCUCAGAUGGCUAAAGCUCUGUUAGCGUCGUGCGAGUUUGAUUGUGCCAGUGAGGUGCUAACUAUUGCAGCCAUGUUAGCAGCUCCAAGCUGCUUCCUAGAGCCCCCUGUUGGCAUGGAAACAGAAGCAAUGCUGUGCCAGAUGAAGUUGUAUCAUCCAGAGGGAGACCACUUCACCCUGAUCAAUAUCUACAACGCUUAUAAACGCAGCCAGAGAGCACCAGGUUUCACACAGGAGAAGUGGUGUCAGGAUUACUUUCUGUGCUGCGCAGCUCUGCAGACUGCAGACGCCAUAAAGGCCGAGCUGACUGACCUACUGAGGAGACUGGAGCUCCCGAUCUCUGAGCCGGCCUUCGGCACCAAAACCAACACGCUCAAUGUGAAGCGAGCACUGCUGGCUGGGUUCUUCAUGCAGAUUGCUCGUGAUGUGGAUGGCUCUGGAAACUAUUUCAUGCUGAGCAAUAAGCACGUGGCGCAGCUUCACCGCCUUUCAGCAUACGGGGCCAAAGUGCACAAACUCGGGCUGCCUGAGUGGGUGCUGUUCCACGAGUUCACACUCUCCAACAGCAACAGCAUUCGUACAGUCACACAAAUCUCCCCCAAGGUGUUCAUCCAAACGGCACCGCAGUAUUUCUUCUACAACCUGCCCCCUAGCGAGUGUAAGGAGCUCCUGCAGCAUAUUUUGGACACCGAGCUGGCUGGGAGUACAAAGAGCAGACAGAAAAUGCAUCCUGUUCUUAAAGACACACCAAAAGAACAGGAGUCGCAGUCUUAUGACAGAUGUGUGAUACAGUAAUAUGAAUGCACAUUCUGUAAUCUGGACCCUAACGUUUGACCUGGGACCAUUAUGCCUCACAGUGUUAAGUCUUUUAUCAUUUAUGUACAGUACUCCUCAGCACAACCAACUCCCCCCCCAAAAAAAAAAAAUAUAUACUGGAGUACAAUGCUGAGCAUGAAAGAUGAUGAAAUAGUAAUGAUCAGCCUCAGAAACCUGUAUAGAUGGAAUGUGAAAUAUUUAGUAUAAAUAGGUAAUAUGAAGAGAGCUUCCCUGAUAAAAUGUAUUUUUGUUGUUCAUUUCAAACAAUACGCAACACAGAUUUCAGGCCAAUAAACUUUCA